CGCCCGGCGCUCGCCGGCACUUCCGGCGCGGUGCGCCUCGACCGGUCUCCCGCGGAGCCGAUUAAGCGCGGACGCCGAGCCCAGCCCGCCUCUGAGCACCUGCUGCGGGCGUGGCGACGCCAUGGAGCGUUUUGAUAAAGCGGCGCUGAACACGGUGCAGCCGUGCGACUUCAGAAAUGAAAGUUCAUUAGCAUCCACUCUGAAGACGCUCCUGUUCUUCACAGCUUUAAUGAUCACUGUACCUAUUGGGUUAUAUUUCACGACUAAAUCUUAUGUUUUUGAAGGCGCCUUUGGGAUGUCCAAUAGGGACAGCUAUUUUUAUGCUGCUAUUGUUGCAGUGGUCGCCGUCCACGUGGUGCUGGCCCUCUUUGUUUAUGUGGCCUGGAAUGAAGGUUCACGGCAGUGGCGUGAAGGCAAACAGGAUUAAAGUGAACAUCACCUUUUAAUAGCAUUAAAUUGAUUUUUUUAAAAUGGUA